GAUACACACAUAUAUACACAAAUAUAUAUACCCAUUAUAUAUAGAGAGAGAGAGAGAUGCAAUGGAGUGCGAGAGGAUAGAGAAGGUUCAGAAGAUUAUAAUCUCGCCCACGAAGCUGCGAAUGAAGCUGAUGGGUCCUCGCCAUUGCAGUAAGAAAGAAGGAUCCAACGUUAUGGAAUUCGCCAAGAACAGCUUAUUAGACUCCAAAUCGGAUCUUGACAGUGGUGUUACAAAUGAAACGCGAGUGAUGGACCGGACGAGAAUCCAUCAAUUCAGAAAGGGUGAUUUGAGUAUGGUUCACCCGACGAGACAGCUAGACGACGAGAAUCCCGAUUAUGACAGCAAUGCUAGCUCACCUAGUUUCGAGUUUCCCAAUGGUGGCGAACGUUAUAACUGUAAUCCUGGCCCGAGUUCAUACCCGAGACAGAUACCGUCCAAGUGGAAUGAUGCCGAGAAGUGGAUUGUGAACCGACAAAAUUCAGUCAAGAACGGAUCUUUCUGUGGCCAGGGAAACCAGUUGCCGCUAAGAGUCGCCCCCGAGAAUGCGGGUUACGAAUGUAACAAGAUGAAGGCGGCUGCAGAUACCGAGAAGGUCGGUUUCUCUCAACCAUUAGUGAAAUUCCUGUCGGUUUCCCCCGCAUCACACCCUUUUCCAGAUCGAGCCAAUGGAGAAAACAUGAUUGAUCUUAGCGGGACAAAGAAUUCAUCAACAGCUGGUCAUGGGGUGCGUUCGGUUUGUAUGAGAGAUAUGGGAACGGAAAUGACACCUGUAGCGAGUCAAGAACCUUCUAGAACUGCUACACCCGUCGGGGCAACGACCCCUCUUCUCAGCCCAACUUCUUCUCUUCCCUCGACUCCUAGAUCUCGCGGCCAAGACCCGUUUUCCUCGCAAGAUCCAUCAGAAAGCACGAAAUGCAAACAGUCUGAGCGUGAAAUCAAGCUGAGGACGAGAAGAGAGAUAGUUGCCUUGGGGGUUCAGCUAGGGCGGACGAACAUUGCGACUUGGGCAAGUAAAGAAGACGAGGAGAACGUUAAAAACAAUGGAAAAAACUCCGAAAUGGAGGAGCUUCAGAGGAUUGAACAUGAAAAAUGGGCAGCCUUGUGGGAGGAAGCCGAGAAAUCCAAGCAUACUGCAAGGUAUAAGCGUGAGGAGAUCAAUAUUCAGGCAUGGGAGAGUCAGGAAAAAUCCAAGCUCGAAGCAGAAAGGCGGCGUAUAGAGGCUAAAGUUGAGAAGAUGAAAGCUGAAGCAGAGGCAAAGAUGGUGAAGAAAAUCGCCAUGGCGAGACAAAGGUCUGAAGAGAAACGGGCUGAAGCCGAAGCCAGGAAGAACCGAGAAGCCAAGAAGACGGCGGCUCGAGCCGAAUAUAGCCGACGAAUCGGGCGAACCCGGGGUUCGUGUUACAGGAGUUGUGGUUGGUUCUCAUGAAACUGAAUUGCUUUGUCGGAGAAAAAAAAACGGUCUCGUGUUCUGAAAUCCUUGCAAUAUAAAGGGAAAUGUAUGUUUUGCAAUUGCAUAGGUUUAAAGUAAAUGGAAAGUUGUGCUUUA